AGCCGUCACUUCUAGAUGUUUCGCGCGUGAAUUUACGCCAGCACUUACGUAGCUAAACAACACCCACCGCUCACGUUAAAAUCAUUUCUGCAUAAAUUUCUAAAUUGUACCACCUACUUAUUCUUCGCACCCCUUUUUCUUUCGAUUUUCCCCAAUUUGAAAAAUUAACUUUCAUUUUACAGAAUUUUUGCCAUCAAUAAUUCUCAUAAAUCACCAAUCAUUAUCAGAAAGAUAAAAAAAUCCAUGGAGCACCAGGAGACAUGUCAAUUAUCUGUUAUAUGGAGAGGGAAGAAGUUUAGUCUGGAGAUGAAUCCAACUGCUACUCUCAAAUCACUGGGAGAUGAAUUGCUGAAUCUCACCAAUGUCAGAGAUGAUACAAUGCGCCUCAUUGUGCCUACUAAUAAAAGUUCAAGACUUUUGUAUCCAUUCUCUGAAGAGCAUUCCUACCUAAAAUUGGAAGCAGCAUCCAUUCUUGAGGGGAAGUCUAUUAGGAUGUUGGGAGUGCCCAAAGAUGAAGUUGAUGACAUUCUACAGAGUGCAAAGGCAGACCACAGGAUUUUGGGUUUUGAUGAAGAGGAAAAAAGAUCGAAACAAAGAUUAUCAAAUGGGCUUCAAAGUACACUAAAACUUCCACAAGGGCCUUAUGUCUUUUGUGAUUUUCGGACACUCUACCUUCCUGGUAUAGAGUUGAACCCUCCUGCUUCAAAAGCUUUAAAACUAAUGCACAAGCUUGCUGCUGAUCCAGGAAUUGUUGCAAUCAUGAAUAAGCAUCGCUGGUGUGUGGGUAUCAUGACAGAGAUGGCACCAGAAGGCUAUGUUGGUGUUUCUCCUGCAUGCAUUCUAGGUUUCAAUAAGAAUCACGGAGAGGAGAUAUCACUACGUCUUCGUACAGAUGACCUCAAGGGUUUCAGGAAGUACGAUAGCAUCAAGAAAACUCUCUUGCAUGAACUUGCACACAUGGUACAUUCUGAACAUGAUGAGAAAUUCUAUGCUCUACUUAAGCAGCUUACUGAAGAAGCUGCUAAGUUGGACUGGACUAAAUCAAGAGGCCAUACUUUGACUGGUCACAAUUCACAAUACUAUGAAGACGUCGAGGACAACGAUGAUCACAUUGAAAUAUCGCAUAAGCUUGGAGGACAAACUUCAGUUUUCAAUGCUCGAACAUCUUCAGUUGCUGCUGCCUACAGUCGUUUAGCACAGGCAUCCACCAGGCCCUCAGAAGCAAUUGGAAUGCAUCAGGCAUCUAAUGCUGGUGACUCGCUGCAAUCCAAUCAUGUAGAUGCUCUACUGGAAAAGCAACCGAAUGAUGUGAAAGUAGCGUCUAUGGAGAAACACAAUGGUGUAUUUGGUGCUGAUGUCUCAUCUGAUGAUCAAAGAGAAUCUGAGCCCGAUCCUGAUGAUUGUGAGACCAUCAAGCAUGAGCCUCAUAUAGUACUCGGUUCUGAUGAUCUUAAGAUGAGAAGCCUUACGCCUCCUGUGGAAGCUAAAUUAAGUGAAGAACCUGACCCGGAUGAUUGCUCUGCAGAAAGACAAAAUACAGGAAGUCCUGUUUCUUUGGAACCUGAUCCUGAUGACCACGCUAUGUGGAUCGAAAAGAAAGAAACAUCUGGUCAAGAUGUCCAUGUUUCAUUGGGGCUCCAUGUAAAUGAGGAAGAGAGAGGAUCUCUUACACGCACCAAUCAAGGGGUUUUUCCUGAAGGAGUCAAGCUGGCAGAGCCAUACACUAAUGAUAAGGAUAUAAUACCAGAUGGAGUAUCUAGUAUAGUGAUUGAUGAGCCUGAUCCAGAUGAUCAGGAAUUGCAGAGGAUACAAGAUCCUGUUGCCAUUAUUUGCAGUCGACUGCAGAAAGCAAUAGGUGUGUUGAGAUCUCAAGUUAAUCCCUUGGAGGCCUCUAGGGUGGUGCAAACUAUAUUGAAAAUUAUAAGGAAUGCAAUUGAACACCCAGAUGAAGUGAACUUCAGAAAGCUGCGGAAGGCCAAUCCUCUAAUUCAGAGGGAUGUCGUGAGUUAUCCAGCUGCAACGGAGAUCCUCUCUGUGAUUGGAUUCAGCGAGGACACUGUUGUCGAUAAUACUGGUAUAACAGAAGCUUAUUUGGUUCUCAAGAGGAAUGAUCCAGGAUUAUUGUGGCUUGCCAAGUCUUCCCUUGAAACGUCCGUUGCCUAGAGGACUUGUACCAUAUGUAAAAUUGAUGCAUUUGCUUGUGAGAACUGAAAAAGGAUGAUGACAUUCCUGAUGGUAUGUGGCAUUUGUGCAUUAUUCCUAUGUUGUAUAUCAUAUUCUGAUAGUUUCUUUUUCCUUUGUAUUUACAACCUUAUUGGAGAUUCAAACUAAGUGUGAUUUGUGGAAUCAUAUUGAAUAUUUGACGAUACAUUCCACGCUUAUUCAUUCAUAAUGCAAGUUGAGGUGGUGCUUGAGUUUGCUUGUUUA